AUGAAGAUGGAGGACUAUGAAAUAUUCUGUAAGAAGCAUCUUUCCAGAAUCCAAGAAGAGGCAAUAAAAACAGAAACCUCUUUCACUAUUCAGCACAAAAAUAUCUCCCUCAUUCAGUUCCAUGGAGUUCCUGUGCUAUCCCCUCUGCUUAGCCUUGAAAAGAAAAAGGAAAUACAGCAAUAUAAACAGAAAGCGCUGGAUCUAGAGACGUGGAGACAGAACUCCCGGAAAAGAGCUUUAUUGGAUCGUGUCCAGGAGAUUCUAGAAAAUGUUCAGAUCAGGAAGGAACCUAGUGUGAGUGAUGUGAACGCAGGGGAGGCUGAGAAUACUUGCCCUGAUUCAGAUUCAAAAGCUUCGACUGACUUUACAGCUCUAUCAGAUGUCAAUUUGGCAUGUUCUCCUGAAGGGCAUGGUCCCACAGAGGUUAAAAAGACACCAGAACUUAUGCCAACAGAUACUGCAGGGCAGGUGACGUCAGAUGUGACAGAAGUAGUUAAAGCAGCAGAAGAAAAUGUUUUCUCAAAGCAAACUGACAGUCACUUCUCAAAAGACGUACCUUGUCCAAGGGCUGCAUCUCCUGACAAUGUGCAUAAUAAGCUUGCAUCACAUGUUUUGCAAAAGCAAGAGGGACUAGGAGUGCCACCAUCGGAUGAGGAAGUCCAAGAUCCAUAUGUCAUGAGUCUUCAGAACCUGAUGAAGAAAUCUAGGGAGUAUAUAGAGAAAGAGCAAACCAAGCGUAGCUCAAAAAGUAAUUCAAAGAGAAGUAUGAGUGAAAGUCAUUCAGAUAAAGAAAAUGAUGGUGUUAAAACAACUGACUCUGUGAAAGAAAGAGUAAAGCUUACGGGCAGAAGUUGCACCACUCUGACACUUGAUAAACCCAAUCUUAAUAAAUCAAAUACACUUCUCCAAGGUGCCUCUAAUCAUACAAAUAACACAAGUAUGUCAACUUUAUCCAGUUUUUCUAAAGUGGACAUACCGAUGAGAGUUGGAACACCCCCAUUGGUGGAUUCGGAUUCGGAUGAAGAAUUUAAGAAGACUUCUAUGUUUGAUCGUGACAGUAGCAUUGUUAGGAGCCUCACAGGCUCUUACGCCAAGUUGCCGAGCCCAGAGCCGAGCAUGAGCCCUAAAAUGCACCGAAGGCGCCCGAGACCUUUAUCAAUGGGACACAUCGUUAUAAAUAACCCCGUGAAUGCUUACGAGUUAAGUCCUAAAGGCAAGGGUAGAGCGAUGGAUUUAAUCAUGCAAGAUAUUGCUGAUAAAAAUAACGUGUCUGAAUCAGUGCCAAAGUUCAUGGUGGACUUCACUAUGUUUUGCCCUAGCAGAGUUCCUGGUGUCAACAGGAAUUCUUCAGGCCCUUGUGAUGGGGUUGGUGUUGGCAAACCCAAUCGCCAUUCCUUUGGGCACUUGGAAAGCAAAGGAACAUUGUCAACUACAGUGGAAGGACAGGUGGUGAUGGACAGCAGAGGGCCAUAUAAAGUAGAGACUAGUAGUAAUAUUGUAGCUCCAAAAUUGAAUGAGCCGUUUGCCAUCAGUCAGUCUACAGCAACACAGAAGCUCCUAGCUGAAACCAAAUCGUCUAGUUUGCUAGAAAACACUAAAUGUAGUUCUCCAGUAGAACUCAAUAAAUCCUACGAUGUAGAAAACCCAUCCCCACUACUAAUGCAGAGCAGGAAUAUGCAAGAACAGAUGGACACUCCAAGUGUUUCCGCAGCAAAUGAGCAGUUUCUAGAAAAUAGUUUUGAAAAGGUAAAACGUAGACUUGAUUUGGACAACGACAGCUGCCAAAAAGAAAGCAGUCUCUGUGUUCUAACAGUUGGAGUGGAAGAACAAGAGAAGCAGUGGUUGCAAGAACAGAAUUAUCCUGUGGGAUCGGUUUACAUUACCAAGAAUACAGGCCCUGAUAGUCUGGCAAAAGAAGAUAUUUUAAAAACUAAAAUGUUGGCCUUUGAAGAAAUGAGGAAGAGACUUGAAGAACAGCAUGCACAACAACUGUCAAUUCUGAUAGCUGAACAAGAGAGAGAACAGGAGAAACUGCAGAAGGAACUGGAAGAGCAGGAGAGAAAGUUGAAAGGAAAGAAGGUUGCUACAACGGAAAUAGAAAUUUCCAAAGUGAAUAUUAACAGUAGGAUGGAGUUGGAGUGGAGGAAAAAAAGCGAAAGUGGCUUGCUGGAAAGUGUGCAGUCUCAACUGGAGACAGUCCAUAAUGCAAACUCUACCAGCAUUGGUUUUGCUCAUACUACGACACCUAACACCUUUGCUUCAACAAGUGAAACUUCAUUCUUCCUCUGGGGACCGUCAGGUAGUGGAGUUAUAAAAACCUCAGUAUCUAGGCCAAGUAACAGGAUCAAAACUAGGUGGACGCCGGUUUUCAGUCCAGAGAUACAAGUGAAGUUCGAUAAGAUCACUGCUGUGGCAAAGGGAUUUCUCACUCGUAGACUUCUGCAGACAGAAAAACUGAAACACCUUAAGCAAACUGUGAAAGAUACUAUGGAGUUCAUAAAAAAUUUUCAGUCUGAAGCACCAUUAAAAAGAGGAAGUGUUUCAGCACAAGAUGCAUCCCUACAUGAAAGAGUAAUGGCUCAGCUGCGAGCUGCCCUGUACGACAUCCAUGACAUCUUUUUUACGAUAGAGGCAUCAGAAAGAAUGAAUAUUCUGCGUCAUGAUCGUGAAGUUCGUAAAGAGAAGAUGCUCAGACAAAUGGAUAAAGUAAAGAGCCCAAGAGAUAGAGUGACACUUUCAACAGCUACACAGAAAUCUCUGGACAGGAAAAAGUACAUGAAGGCUUCAGAAAUGGGAAUGCCAAGUAAAAAAAUAAUCAUAAAACAAAAAAAUCCUGAAAGCCGCAUACUUCAACCAAAUCAAGGACAGAAUGCCCCACUUCAUAGACUGCUUUGCAGACAAGGAACCCCUAAGACCUCAAUGAAGGGGGUUGAGCAAAAUAGAAAGAAGGCCUCAGAGAGCAGAGUGUCUAACAAGGCUGUUUCAGGAGCAUAUGCAGGAAGAACCCUAAGAAAGAAGCCAAAUGUUGUGACAAUUUAA